GUUACCGGAGGACCGGGACAGACUGCGGAGAGAUGGAGUUUGAGGAGUCCGGUAUCGGGGAGGAGUGCGGGGUUUUCGGGUGUGUGGCUGCCGGAGAGUGGCCCACGCAGCUGGAGGUGGCGCAGGUCUUGAGUCUGGGACUUGUGGCGUUGCAGCACAGGGGUCAGGAAAGUGCCGGGAUUGUCACAAGUAAUGGAGCCAGUCCGCCCACAUACACAGCCCACAAGGGAAUGGGAUUAGUGAACACUGCUUUCCCAGCCGAGGCUCUUCUGAAGCUGCGCUAUGGUAACCUCGGUAUUUGUCACACACGCUAUUCAACUACUGGGAACUCUGAGUUGCAGAACUGCCAGCCCUUUGUGGUGGAUACACUGCAUGGCAAGAUUGCUGUAGCACACAAUGGAGAGCUGGUUAAUGCUCAUGCCCUGCGGAAAAAGGUAAUGCGCCAUGGUGUAGGCCUCUCCACCAGCUCAGACAGCGAGCUCAUCACCCAACUGCUGGCAUUUACUCCACCUAUGGAGGAGCUGGAUGCACCAGACUGGGUUGCCAGAAUAAAAAAUCUGAUGACUGAGACCCCUACAUCAUACUCAUUGUUGGUGAUGUUCAAAGAUGUUAUCUAUGCGGUGCGUGAUCCAUACGGAAAUCGUCCCCUCUGCAUAGGGCGGCUUGUUCCAAUCUCUAAACUGCACAGUUCAGGAGCUGGAGAGGAGGACACCGAGGGGUGGGUUGUGUCAUCAGAGUCCUGCAGUUUCCAGUCAAUUGGUGCCAGGUAUUACAGAGAGGUCUUACCAGGAGAGAUAGUCCAGAUAUCCAAGCACGGGGUCAAGUCUCUAAGUGUUGUCCCUCGCCCUGAGGGAGACCUCCCAGCCUUCUGCAUAUUUGAAUAUGUUUACUUUGCCAGACCAGACUCAAUUUUUGAAGGUUUGAAUAUUUAUUCUGGGUCAUCGUUUUACACCACUCUGUUCUUAACUGUUCCCUGA